CGUUCCAUCUUACACCACCCCCACCUCCAUCCCCGCCUAUAUAAGCAACAUCUCCACGACCUUUACUCCUCGCCCUUAGCUCCUUUGCUUUCAGAAGAGCAAGAAGAGGAAGAUCAAACCAUACGGAUUCAUCCUCUCCUUUCUACUCUUCCCAAAGCUUUGCAAUAAUGGAGACCUUCUUGUUCACAUCCGAAUCUGUCAACGAGGGACAUCCAGACAAACUCUGUGAUCAGAUUUCUGAUGCAGUUCUUGACGCCUGCUUAGCUCAAGACCCCGACAGCAAGGUCGCCUGUGAAACCUGCACGAAAACCAACAUGGUGAUGGUUUUCGGGGAAAUCACCACUAAAGCUAACAUCGACUACGAAAAGAUCGUCCGUGACACCUGCCGGGAGAUUGGAUUUGUUUCUGAUGACGUGGGUUUGGACGCCGACAACUGCAAGGUCCUUGUGAACAUCGAGCAACAAAGCCCAGAUAUCGCCCAAGGUGUCCAUGGCCAUUUAACCAAGAAGCCUGAAGACAUCGGCGCCGGUGACCAGGGCCAUAUGUUUGGUUACGCCACUGAUGAAACCCCUGAACUGAUGCCGCUCAGUCACGUCCUCGCCACCAAACUUGGCGCCAAAUUGACUGAAGUCCGGAAAAACGGCACCUGUGCAUGGCUGAGACCCGACGGAAAGACACAAGUGACGGUGGAAUACCAUAAUGACAACGGAGCCAUGGUUCCUCUUCGUGUCCACACCAUUCUCAUCUCCACCCAGCACGAUGAAACUGUAACAAACGAUGAAAUCGCAGCUGAUCUCAAGGAACACGUCAUCAAACCAGUCGUCCCUGAAAACUACCUUGAUGAAAAAACCAUCUUCCAUCUCAACCCUUCUGGUCGUUUUGUGAUCGGUGGUCCUCAUGGUGACGCCGGACUGACUGGCCGGAAAAUCAUCAUCGACACAUACGGUGGUUGGGGUGCUCACGGAGGUGGUGCUUUCUCCGGGAAAGACCCAACGAAGGUGGACAGGAGUGGGGCGUAUAUUGUGAGACAGGCGGCAAAGAGCAUUGUGGCUUGUGGGUUGGCGAGGAGAGCGAUUGUUCAGGUGUCAUACGCCAUUGGUGUCCCUGAGCCAUUGUCGGUGUUUGUUGACACUUAUGGAACUGGAAAGAUUCCUGAUAAGGAGAUUUUGAAGAUUGUGAAGGAGAACUUCGAUUUCAGGCCUGGAAUGAUAUCGAUUAAUCUUGAUCUUAAAAGAGGUGGAAAUGGGAGGUUUUUGAAAACGGCGGCGUAUGGACAUUUUGGUAGGACAGAUCCUGAUUUCACAUGGGAGGUCGUCAAGGAACUUAAGUGGGACAAGCCAUAAAAACAAGAAAGAAAUUCAAUUAUGUGGUGUUUUCGCUUUUCUUGGUUGCUUGGUUAAAUGUGAUUGUGUGUGUGUGUGUGUUUUUUCUUUUUCUUUUUAAUAUAUGAUUUGUUUUAGUGUUUGUUUAAAGAGGAAGAAGGUGGAAGGGCCUAUAUAAUAUAUGAUGUAUAAGAAGUGUAUUUGGAGGCAUUGCCAUUAAUAACAAAAAUCUAAUCUGGUUUUGCUUUCA